AUGGAGAAACACGCAACGGCCAGGGGUUUUUGUCUUUGUCACCUGAUAUGUGUGUGGUAUCAGACUGGAAGGAUCGGACUAUAUUUUGGAUUCUAUAAUGUGGGCUACACAGAGCAACUAAAAAAAUUCACUUGCGAUGAGCAACUAUACGUGCAAAUAAUGGCUGUGGUUAAUUUGUUUGCCAGUUGGCUUUAUAUCUGCUUCAGUUAUCGAUGGACCUACGAUCAGUUUGUGUUCCUGCUUUAUAUACCACUUUAUGUGUACUUUUUCAUCCUAAGAAGACAUCUAACGGAGCUCUUAAAUGAAUGUGCUGGUCUGCAUAAAUUAAUGCAAAAGAUUCUUGGCAACCGACUGUGUGUAAAGAUACGUAGAGAAUGUUUUUACACUUUACUUAUGAUUGUGUUGCUUAUUUUGCUACUUUUAUGGAAAUUCAGAAUAUAUUCUGUUUAUCAGAGUGUUUUUAUAUUCGGCGUGGGAUUUAUCUACCACCUUGAGCUGUUGUUUUUUGGGAACUAUCUCAUUUGGCUGAGCUGUAUCUAUAGAUCUCUAAAUGUGUUUCUCUGUCAAGACAUGAUAAGUGAUAGAUUGCAUAUAUUAAAGGGAGUGCUGAGACAGCAAACCAUUAUAUGGCGAGUUCAUCGGAACGUGUCUAGAUAUUUUGCCCUUCAUAUUUUAAGUUUUAUGGUCCAACCAGUUGUUCAAAUUCACAUGAUACUUGAGAGCUCUGGUCAACUAGUGAAUGCUCAAUUGAUUUAUUUAACAAUCCAUUUGCUCAUAUUGGCUUUAUUUUUUUUGAUUGGAUGGAACCUAAAAACACAGCAUUGCAAAUUUCAAAAGAGUUAUUUAAAAUUAAAAGAUGAUCCGAAUAAGUUUGUUAUAAAGUCCUGGCGUCUAUUGCAACACAGAACUUUGCCAAAGGCUUUUAAAGUAACAUUUUUGAGAAGGCAAGAAAAAGUGCAGAGCAAACAGGAUGUGAUUACUAUGAUGUUCUCCAAUAACUAUCCAGCUGUUCUGUUAACUGAAAAAACAUUUAAUUUGACAAUCUUUGCCUUCAAAGGUGUUACGAUUGGAAUUUGCUUAUCAAUGCUGACGAGUUGCCUAAAGACUCACAUUCGUGAGCUCCUUCUUUUGCUAGUUAUUCGCUUACUUUAUCACAAAAACAUAACAUUGCAGGAGUAUGAGUAUGAGUCCCGGGAUGAAUUCAAUGGCAAUGUGACCCAAACAAUUAGUCAAGUCUAUCGCUUUUAUUUCUAUGAUGAGUUCGAAGUGAAUAAUAAACAGCAAAAUGAGCCACAUUAA